UAUCAACACCUCACCUUGGCCUGGUCACUCCUCAAAUCCAAGAAACCACAUCCCCACUUCUCCGUCGCCAUGGCUCUCUCGUCCCUCUUCGCCACCUUCCCUCUCCCGGUCCCGAAGAUGCCCGACACCUCCAAAUCAAGCCGCUUCCUCCCGAUCCGGGCCUCCGCCGCCGCCGCCGCCGCCGCCACCGCGUCCCCAUCUUUUGACCUGCGCCGCUACUGGACCUCGCUGAUCUCGGAGGUUGAGGGCGAGCUUGAUGCCGCGAUGCCCAUCCGCCCGCCGGAGAGCAUCCACAACGCCAUGCGCCACGCCGUCUUCCCCGGUGCCGGGAAGGAGGGCUCCGCCAAGCGCGCGCCCCCGGUGCUCUGCGUCGCCGCCUGCGAGCUCCUCGGCGCGCCGCGCGCCGCGGCGCUCCCUACCGCCGCCGCGCUCGAGAUGCUCCACGCGGCGUCGCUAGUCCACGACGACCUGCCCUGCUUCGACGCCGCGCCCACCCGCCGCGGCCGCCCGUCCACCCACGCCGCCUACGGCACCGACAUGGCCGUCCUCGCGGGCGACGCGCUCUUCCCCCUCGCCUACACCCACGUCAUCGCCCACACCCCCUCCCCGGACCCCGUGCCCCACGCCGUCCUCCUCCGCGUCCUCGCGGAGCUCGCGCGCACCGUCGGAUCCACCGGCAUGGCCGCCGGCCAGUUCCUGGACCUUGCCGGCGCCACUGCUCUCGGCGAGGCCGAGGUAAUGCAGGUCCUGACCAAGAAGUUCGGCGAGAUGGCCGAGUGCUCGGCUGCCUGCGGCGCUAUGCUUGGUGGCGCGGGUCCUGACGAAGAGGCAGCAUUACGGCGAUACGGCCGCACCAUCGGCGUCCUCUACGAGCUCGUCGACGACAUCAGGAGUGCGUCGGGGAACGGUAAGAUGAGGAGCAAUGCCAGCGUCCUGCGCGCGCUCGGCAUGGACCGUGCGCUCGGCAUCGUGGAGGAGCUCAAGGCGCAGGCCAAGACGGAGGCGGAAAGGUUCGGCGAUAAGUACGGCGAUCGGGUGCUGCCCUUGUACAGCUUCGUGGACUACGCCGUGGAGAGGGGGUUUGAGCUUCAGGAUGCAGCUGCAAGGCCUUAAGCGUGGAUGGAAGAACAUCGGAGCAGGUGACAUCUAGAGUAUUUGAACUCUAAAUUUGUACUAUAUGUGUUUAGAACAUUAGGUGCGUGGUUGAUGUUUCUGUUCAAAACAUAACAAGUUCAGAAGUUCUUGGAAUAAGAUGGGAUAUAUUAAAAACCUUUAUGUGCUUAUUGCUAUAUUGCUAAAUACCAAUAAUGCUCUGUCUUCA